CUCUGCGCCGCGCCUUGCAAUGGAGAGGAUGGAUGAGUGGCUGGUGCUGUCGCUGAGCCAGUACGAGGACCUGCACGCCUUCCAGCUCCAGGCGCCCACCCGCUUACUCGAAUGGGCUCCGGGGAACCGUGUGUUCGUGGCCGGGUAUGGUGAUACCGGUAAGAACGAGAUCCUACAGCUGCUGCCGCCGCCACCGAUACGGGAGGUGGUGACCAAGAGCCUGUUUCCAGAGAGAGAAUUCAAGCUGGAAUGUGGUGGAUUUUCCGACCGCCCCAUAUACAGCCUGAAGUGUGUGCCUGGCACCAGCUUACUGGUGACCAGUGGCCCACCAGACAGCUCCCUCCAGCUCUGGAAGGUGUCAGCAGAGGACUCAAAUGUUAUUAAACCUGUAAGUGCCAUACCUACAGAAAAUGGGCAUCCUUGGGCUAGAAUUGCAACCACAGCAGCCAGAGCCCAGUGGGUCCUGCAUGGAUCAACCCUUGACAGUGUCCACAUUACAGAGGUGGAAUCGAGGAAGAAUAUCUACGUGGCAGCCCCCAGCAGCAGUGAGGAGCUCAGUGGCCUGGCCUUCCUGGACUGCAACACCUUGCUCCUGUGCUGUGCCAAUGGGCAGCUGUACCUGGGUGACGUUCGACAGCCGGAGGCUCCCUUGGAGGCUGUGUCUGUGCCCUGGGAGCUGGGUGACGAGCGGUGGUGCAUGGGAGUCAGGCAGACAGCUCCAGGCUCUGCAUCAAGCUCCCAUCCCAUAGCUUGCCUCUCCAACAGAGGCCACAUCACUCUCACAGAUGUAAGGAAACCCUCGGAGCAUUUGGCCUCAGCAAAGUGCAGCGUUCCCUCACCCAGCCCUAAUGCAGAAUUCCUGUGUGUGUCCUGGGCUCCUGCUCUGGAAGGCUGCCUUGCCAUUUCAGGUUUCGAUGGGGCUGUGCACGUGUAUGACACUGGGAGCUGGGACAGCUCCUCCAGCCCAGCACAACCAACCUUUGUCCACAAAGGCCACAUGUUUGGUGAAGAGGACAGCAAUGGAGAGCCCCCCCUGCUCACAGCUCACACGUGGCACCCACAGAAACCAAGAACAUUGCUGUCAGCAGCCAGCGAUGGUACCCUGCACAUCUGGGACUGGGUUCAGCCCAAAGGGACGCGUGGGUAGCUUGUACUUGUGAGCUGCGAGGUGUUUCCUGUCUCUGUUCUCCUAUGUGUAGGCUGGGAGGUGGCCAUUUACAUGCACAGACAGCGAUGAGCUGCUUGUAGUGAACACAACCAACUGCAAAGAGCUCUUUGGAAACAGAA